AUGAACGUUAAUUUCGCAAUCUCUAAUAGACUUAUUAUUAUCAUUAUUAUUAACCUAGAAUUAAGGAGCGUGCCUGCGGCAGCAGCAGAGACAGCAGCAGCAGCAGAGAUAGCAGCAGAGGCAGCAGCAGAGGUGGCAGCAGAGGUGGCAGCAGAGGUAUACUUAAGUACUACUUAUUUAAUGCUACCUUAA